CUGUGACUGCGCUCCCUUUUUUCCUACAUUCAAACAUGGCGAAACUCUUUGCCAUCAUACCACCACCACCCUCUCCAUCUCCAUCGUUAUCACCACCGCUAUUAUCUUCCCCGUUAUCAGCAGCACCCUUAUCUCCGGUAGCGUGAUGACCCGGGAGGAUGGAGAAGUUGUCGGCGAGCCUGUCGGAGAUCACUUGGAGCCCGUUGGCGCUGCCUUUGGACGCGGUGGUCAGCAAGUUCCGUCUACCUACUCUGGUGCGCUUGGCACACGGUGAAUGUGUGGAGGGCUUGUCGGAGGAGGAUGUGGUUCUGUUACACUCCUGUCGUCAGUGGACCACAGUGACUGCCCACAGCUUAGAGGAGGGACACUACGUUAUCGGACCUAAGAUAGACAUCCCUCUGCAGUACCAGGGGAAAUUCAAGUUGUUGGAUGAAGACCGAGACGUCAGGGACCCAAUCCAGUAUUUUUCCAGUGUGGAGGAAGUAGCUGGAGUCUUCCCUGACCGGGUCUUUGUCAUGGAGACGAUCACGUUCAGUGUCAAGGUGGUUUCAGGGGAGUUCAGUGAGGACAGUGAGGCCUACAGCUUCACUCUGCAGGCUGGAGAUGAGCUGUCACUCAUGGGGAAGGCGGAGCUUCUCUGUGCCACGCCUUCUAAGGAAAAGACGGGACUGACCGCGCUCUUGAGACGCCUCGGAAAGACUCCUAGAAGUAAAACUCCCUGCCUUGUCUGUAUGAACCAUCGCACCAAUCAGAGCGUAAGCCUACCCUUUGGUUGCCGUGGACGCUUUUGCACACGCUCCCCUCUGGAGCAAGGCAUGCUGGGAGGGGAGCACACUGUACGCAGCAUCAUCGAGAGGGUUCGCCUCCCCGUCAAUGUGUCGGUGCCUUCACGACCCCCGAGGAACCCCUACGACCGGCACGCAGUCCGAGAGGGCCACCGCUACAAGCUGCUGAACAUCGUGAGCAAGACGGUGGUGCUCUGCAUGGUGCUCCGCCGACAGGAAGUCUCCCCCUCCCACUUCCUGCUGCUACGCUGCAUGCCCCGGUUCAACGUGGCCGAGGCCUCGGGUCACACAGCGGCGCUGGAGAGCCUCCUGUUGAGACACGCCUUCGACCCAGAUGCCUACUCUCGAGCUGUGAGAGAAACCAGGCCAGAGCUGGAGUGUAUGACAGAGGAGUGUGUGAGCCCGCGGCGCUCUCGCAUGUGUGUGUCGGGUCAGGACUCCUUGGCACCGGCACUGCAGCACCUGUCCAUGUGCGGGUAUGGGGGUGGGGACGGCCUAUCACAGCGCUGCAGGGACUCUCUUGGAGAGCGGCUAGGGGAGGGGCCAGGUGAGGAGCGGGAGUAUGUGACUCCGGAGUGGACUGAUGCUGAAAUGAGGACCAGUGAGGAAAUCCCUUACGAGGAACUUUGGACCAAUCAAAACGCAGAGGGCUUGGGGAAGGAGCCGAACCUCAUCUCCUUUCAUUCCACGUCCUCAUUGGACGGGUCUCUUGGUACCGUGGUGACCAGAGUGUCUACCCCGCCGCCUGUACCUCCAAAAUCUGAUGCUGUAAGAGAGGAGUGUCGCUACUUGAUCGCCCCUCCCGUUCCCCCCCGCUGCUCUAAAGGAGGCUCCAUCUCCAGUCCAGUCCCCAGUCCUCCUGUUCCCCCUCGGUUCCCCAAAGCCUCCACCUCCCCGAGGCCCAACCUCUCCUUCUACUCCUCUGGACUUCAGGACAGCUGCUCGCCCUCUCCGGAUGCCUCCCUCUACUGUUACCCGUGCUCCUGGGGGGAUUGCCCGGCCCCUAACCCCGCCAAUCCUGAGCCAGUCUCUGCCAGCACUGCAGACCCCACCUCCGCCACUCCUCAGCCAGCACAGGCCACCUGGGCAGAGCCGUGGGUGGACUCCUUCUCCUCCUCCGGACCUCGACUCAGGCCUCCACAGAGUCGGUUUGCUCCUUUUGGGGCGUUAAACCCCUUCAACCGCCAAUCCCCCUGCCCCUCCCCUGAGCCCACUCCCAAUCCCACCACAGAUUCCUCCAGAGGUGCAGAGGGAGGCGGGACGCCCACAGGGGUCACCGAAAGCUUGAACCCUGACCCCACCUGGCGACCUCCUGCUGACCUGUCUGUGCUCUCAUUGGAGGAGGUGUCGGCCUGCCUGCGGUUCAUCGGCCUAUCAGAGGCAGCGGUGGGCGUGUUCCAGAGAGAGCGAAUCGACGGCAGCCUCCUGGUGCAGCUGACCGAGGACAUCCUGUCACAUGACUUCCACCUGAGCCGACUGCAUGUCACCAAGAUCAAACAGUUCAUACAGGGCUGGAGGCCCAAGAUCUAGCACACACACACACACACACACAAUCCUGAUAAUGUGCCUGUUGGCUACUGAGCCAUCCUGAAUGUGCCUUUCACUGUGACCAAGUGGCUGCUGAGCCCCACUGACUGAAGCUGAGACUUUGCUGAAGGAAACCACGCCACCCUGUGGUCAAACUGUCGAACUGACACUCGAGUCUGACUGCAAAUUCCUGUCUGAAUCACAGACUGGGACUAGUUUACUAACAAAUAGCUACAAAUGAGAGCUAUAUGAUUAAAGUUCCUUGUCUCAAUUUGUCUUUGGGGAACAUAGUCACGAAACAUCGUUAUACUUUGAGACAGCUAAAGGUUUGAGCAGUAUAUGGAUUUGUGGGGCCUCCAUGCCGCGGCUCCAUCAAUUCUGAUAUUCCUUCAUUCUCCAUAUAAACUGGAGGAGUUUCAUUUGAGUUUUUCUCAUUAUAAAAAAGGUGCAUUGAAGUUAAAAUUCCCUGCCUUUAAUGUGGAUGUUCAAUAGGAAGGAUGGUAAAUGUAGGCAGUUUCCAGUGUAUUGACAGAGAAAGCUGAUUGCUCCUUUUUUCUCAAAACUAGGGCUGCUCGAUUAUGGCAAAAAUCAUAAUCUCAAUUAUUAGGGUCAAUAAUUGAUA